AUGGCAUGGCGAUGAUAUCGCGAAGUCGGUCUUGUCGCGGAUUUCGUAAAAAGUCAUUGGAAAUCGCCGCAGUGAAUUUGUAGAUUAUCUUGCCGAAGUAUGUGCAUUUGACGCGCGUUUAUUUGCAACGCCGGACAAUUUGCAAUCGGCGACGAAGCGACCUAAAUAUGAGCAGCGACAUAUUACCCUCCUGACACUUCGAGCAACGCCAAGUAAAAGUGUAUAAUGUGGAGUGCGUCCGAAGAGUCAUCGGGCGCGAUGGAAGGCGGCUCUCCUGAGGCCGCGGUACACACGAAGGAAACAUGUGAGCAGAAUAAGAACCAAUUGGAGUCCCUCAAGGAAAUCAUGAUGAGGAAUCAACAAAGCUUAAAGAAGAAGGAGGAGGAGGUCCAGGAAUAUUCGCGAAGAUUAUCGAAAAUCAAAUCUAGAGCCAAGCUGUCACGUCGCAGUAAAGAAGGAGUUUCAUCAUCUACAGAUACAGCACAUCCACAUAAGACUGAAUCAAUAGCAAGGGAAACCACAGAUGACGCAAUCGAUGACAUAAGUCAAGCGAAAACUCCAAAAGCAAAAUCUUCUUUACUUCAACGAAAGUUGGUGGAAAAUAGGAAAGCCUUUGAAAAACGUAGCAAGGAGUUGACGGAAACGAAACGUGCAGUGGAAGAGAAAGUGGAAGCUAUCAGGCAACAAUUGGAUGAAACAGAUUUAGCAGCAACGGAAAUGCAUAAAGAUCAACUGGUUGUUACACCAAUUAGGCCUGUCAUGAUCACUUCGGAUGUGAUGGCGCCAGUUCAAGCUCAAGAUAUUGAAGAAAAAGAGAAAAAGAUCGUAGAAUUAAAUAGCAAAAUUAUUGAGUUAGAGGCUACCAUUCUGGAUCUUCAAGAAAAUUUGAAAGAGAAGGACUCUGUGAUUGAUUCCAAAAUGAAAGCAGUUACUCUUAUGUCUGCGGAUCUCUCCAAAAAGGGUAAAACGACGUUGGAUACUCUCGAAGAUACGAAAGACGAAAUGCGAACGAUGCAAGAGAAUUUUGUAUUGAUAGAAACUUCUCUAAAAAAUAAGAAUACUAGUCUCCUAGAACAACUGCAGGAAAGAGAUGACAGAAUAUCGGAAUUGGAGCACACAGUCAAUAGAAUCGAGGACCAACUGAAAGAACAAAAAAUAUCCGAAUCAGCAAGCGUGGAUUUCUCGCGUUCUACUAUGGAUACUUUAGCAGAGACUAAAGACGCGAUGAAAUCGAUGCAGGAAAACUUUGUUCUCAUUGAGUCGUCUUUGAAGUUGAAGAACGAUAAUCUUCUUCAGCAGUUGGAGAAAUACGAAAUAAAAUUGGCAGAAGCCAAAGAAAAGAUAUUUCAACUAGAAUCGGGUGCCGGUAUAGUGACGUCUCCGGCAGUCGAGGAUCUACAGUUUAAAAUAGAGAAAUUAGAACAGAACAAUCGGCAACUUUUAGACGAGAAGUACGAACUGCAAAAAAACAUUGCCGAAUUGCAGGAUAAGGUUAUUGGUAAUAAAUCGGUCCACAAUAAUGACGCAAUCGUCGAGAAAGACAACAGGAUAGCGGAACUCGAAAAUUUGAUCGACGAGCUUAAACGAUCGAACGAAUUGCUGGAAGAAGAAUCGAAAGUCGAGCUGCAGAAGCAAGUAGCUGAAUUAUCGUCCAAGAAUGAAGAAUAUUCCAACAAGGUCACCGAUCUUGAGAAGCAAGUACACGACCUCGAAGCAGAGAAGAACGAUAUCGCAGCGAUAUUGUCAGUUGAGAGAGCCGCGCCCAAAGAAGACGAUGUUGUAAUAAAAUUGACGAAGGAAUUGGAGGAUUUGAAUAAAAGUAUGAUCAAAUUGAAGGCCCAGCAUAGAAGCAAAGUCAAAAAUUUGCAGAAGCAACUCGAGAACUUCAAAAUGGUAUCCGAUACGAAUGCGGAACUCGUUAGACUGGGCAACCAAGUGGCAUUAUUGGAGGAGGAGAAAGGUAACCUUCAGCUGAGUCUGGUAGACUUUGACGAGCUUAAAGCCUCGGCAGGAGAUUGGCAAGAACGUAUUGCUGACCUGGAAAGUAAAGUUGCGUCUCAGACAAAAGAAAUACAGAUGCAUAUCGAUGCAAUCGCCAUCUUAGAGAACCAAAAGUUAGAUCUAACGCAAGAGCUCCACACAGUGAAGCAAGAAGUCUUGGCGUUGGAGGCCGAGAACGCGGAGUCCGAGAAUCUCAGAGUGACCGCGGAGAUAAAGGUCGUCGAAUUGGAGGAACAAUUGGAAACGAUACACAAAGAGCAGAACGAGACUAAGCUCGAGUCUCUGUCCGAGUCCGAAUACCAGGAGGUUCUGAAGAAACUCGAGGCUCUGACGCAGGAAAAUUCCGAGUUAUACAACAAGUUGAACAAAAUGGAGGAGAAGGGCACGUCGGACACCGGCUCGACGGAAUCCUUCGAAGCCAUCCAGAUGAACGACAGGAACGAUCUGCUGAAGAAGAUCGAGGAUUUGGAGCAGAAGAACAACGAGCUGACGCUCAAGUUGACGAAGCUGGAGGAGAAAGACGGCUCGCACGCCGGCUCGACGGAGUCUUUCGAAACUAUAAACGACACGGAUCGUAGCGAGCUGCUGAAGAAGGUCGAACAGUUGACUCAGGAGAACAGCGAGCUCACCAUGAAGUUGAACAGGAUCGAAGAGAAGGGAUCGUCCGACACGGGUUCCACGGAAUCUUUCGAGCGUAUUCCGGAGCAUAACGAGAAUACCACGAAGAUUGAACUGCUCACUCAGGAGAAUAACGAACUUGUUAUUAAAGUGACGAAACUGGAAGAGAAGUUGGGUGAAAUCGAGAGCAGCGCUCAGCCGGAAGUCUCGAAAGUUGAUAACUUAGAAGCGCUUCGAGAAGACAACAGACUGCGGAUUCAAACGCUCACGCACGCGAAUGACAACUUGGUGGCGGAGAUUUCUAAUCUCAAUGCGCGGAUGAGGGAUCUCGCGGAGGAAAAUGGCAGUCUGCACGAUCGUGCAAAAGUGUUGGCAGCGGAGAAUACUGAGUUACUUGAGCGUCUCGAAGCGGAAUUGUCGCAUAAAUCUCAGAUGUCGGUUCAAAUAAUGGAGUCCACCGAUCAAAUUAACAUCUUAAAGGAGAGGCAACAGAACCUCGAAAAAGAACUGGUGCAAUUGCGAGAAGCUUCGAUAGAACAGUCGGUUAACGUGACGUCGUGUGAGACUGAUGACGCGAAGUCGAAAAUCGUGACGUUGGAGAAAGAAAAUGCGCAGAUGAAGAUGACGGUUACGCAGCUAGAAGAUUAUAUCAACAGUCAGAAAGAAGAGUUAACCAAAAUCAUUAAAGAGAAAGAUGAGCUGAAUCUAAAAUUGGAACGCUUGGCCUGCGACGACUUUUCCAAAGAAAGGUUGGAGCUCAUUGAAAAAUUGGAGAGAUUGAAUCGAGAGAAGCAGGGCGUCGUUCACGAGAGGGAGGAGUUGCAUGAGCAAAUUAACACUCUCUUGCAGAAAUCGUCUGACGAAAUCUCAGAGAUGCGAAAAGCGGAGGAGGCUGCUUGUCAGGAAACGCAGGCCGUAAUCGUAGCGUCUUUGGAGAAGGAAUUGGAAAACAGUAGAGUGUUAAUUGCGGAGUAUAAAAAUCAGGUAGAAGAGAUGGACAUGAAACUGCAGAGCAUGGAGACGGAGCUGCAGAAUAAAGCUACGCAACUGGUGGAGUUCGAGGCGUCGGGUGCGAAGUUGGAGAGUUUGGAGUGCGAACUGAAGGACAUGUUCGUCACCGCGGAGGAAUGGAAGUUCAAGUAUGACGACAUGCAAACGAAGAUGCAAGCGCUGGAACGAGGAAAGGCGUCGAUAGAGGAAGCGUUCAAAACACUGGAGAGUAAUAACAAAGAAUUGCUAGAGGUGAUAAAAGAGAAGGACGCGACGUCUUCCACUUUACUGGAGCAGCUUCAAGGCACCAUAUAUUCACUCGAAACGAAAUUACAAGAUGAAAUAACUGCGAAGGAACACGAAAUCGCGGAUCUGAAGGCAGAAAUUGAAAAGAGAGAUCAGGAACUGCAUACCAAGUAUGCGCAGUUGCAAAAUGGAAUGAUCACUAUAGAUAAUUUGCAAGAAGAAUUGAACAAUUGUUCGAUCAAGUUUAAAGAAAAUGAGAUUGUUUUAUCGUCAUUAUCUGAAGAGGUUACGAGACUCAACGACAUGAUAAGGAUAAAGGAAGAGGAGGCACAUAUUUUGAAGAACAAUAUUAGCAACAUUACUGAAGCGUUGGAGCAGUCCAAGCCUUUAGCAGAAUUCAAUAAAUUGCAGAAUAAAUGUGAAGAAAUCUUAAGAGAGAAUAAUGAACUAGCGCGAAAGAUUGAAGAUAUGUCGAAGGACGACGAGCACGCUGGAAACGAAUUAAUUAGGAAAGAACAAGAAAUCCAGAGUUUGCUCGCGGAUAAGCAAGAGUUGGACGCGCAGCUUGAAGAAAUCAAGACCGACAAGGCUGAAGCUGAAAGACGAGUUUGGGAGCUGCAAGCUAUCUUGGAUAAUCAAACUACGUAUGCUGAGAAAAUGCAGUCCGAGUUGACGAACGAGUACAAAAUGAUGGAACGCCUUAAGGACAAGCAUACGGAGGAUAUAGCGAUGCUAAAUCGCAGAUUGGAAGAUGUUAUGGAGGAAUUAGUCGAAAAGGUGCACGAAAACGUGGCUGUGAAGGCUGAGUUGAAGCAAAAAGAGGAAUUGCUCGGCAAAAAUAUCACGGAAGAAAUGAAAAUCACCUUGGAGGAUAAAGUCACGGACUUGGAACAGAAGCUUUCAGAAUCGGAAAGUAAGCUGCAGGUGCAAUCCGAAAAGAUGAAGAAGAUCGUAGCGACUUUCAACAAAAAGAAGGCCGCGUGCCAAGAGCUGGAAGCGCGCGUCGCCGAGCUGGAGGAAAAAUGGACCACGGAGAAGGACGAGAAGGAGGUUAAAAAUAAACAGAUACAGGAGGUGGAAAACUCCAUGCGGGAGAAGGACAACAAGAUCGAGGAUCUGGAGGAGAAAUUGUCGCAGGCGAGGAACGACGUUGCGGCAGCUCUCGCGGAAUCUGAAAAGUUCGCGAAGGAAGCGACGAGCUUGAAAGAAAAGAUGGCGGUGUUGAUGGAACAUAACGCAGAGAUGGGCGAAGAGAUCGAGAGGCAGCGAGCGGAGAUGGAGCGCAUCACGUUCGAAAUAGCGGCGGAGCGGGCGACGAAGGAGGAUAUCGCUAAGGCGUACGAACACUACAGAAAAACUGUCAGCGAGGAGAGCGAACAGAAGCAGGCGGUGCUGGACGAAGUGAAGGAAGAGGCGCGAGAAUUGAGCGUGCGUAUGCAAGUGAUGGAAACCGAAUACGUGGAGCAGCUUGCCACGAUAAAGAAUCUGAUGGCGGAGAACGGUCUCCUGUCGUCGAGGAAAACGCAGAUCGAUGAGAAAUUGGAAAACGCCGAGAAAGAAUCGGAAGAGCGUCGCGUGUUGAUCGAGCAGCUGCGGAAAGAGAUUGCGAGCAUGGCGGCCAUGGCGGUGAACGUCCAGGCUUCGGAGCAGAACGUGGGCGAGGAUGACGCACGGAUCGCGCAGCACGAUCAUUCCGAGCAAUGUCAGAAUUUAGUGCAGGCGUUGGAGGCGCGACUGCAGGAGCGCCAAGCGGAGAUUGAAAAUCUGAACAACGAGCUCGCUAAUUCGUACGGCAAUAUCGUGUUGCUUCACGACGAAUCUCAGAGGUAUAACGAUAUGAUGAUGCAAACUGCUCAGGAGCGCUUCAAUCAAUCGCUGAUGGAUCAAACAAAUUCGCUGCAACAAGAGAUCAAUUCCUUGAAAACGGAACAAGUCGCGAGCGAACGGAGAGUAUCGGAAUUGGAGACUGAGCUGGAAGAGUAUAAACGUAAGAAUGCGGGCUGCGAAGCUGAACUUCCGGAAGCAAUCGGAAGCCAGCAACAACAGCAAGGAGACGAUGCUCCACAAUCGUCCAGUGCUGCGGAAACGUCCUUCGCUUCGGAUGCUGAUGCUUUGAACAGGAAAGAGAUAGAGCGGCUACAGAGUCUACUGAACGAGAAACAGAAGCAAUGUUCUGAGCACGUGAAAGAAAUCGACCUUUUACUUAAAAAUAUAGAGGAGGAGAGAUGGUACGUCCAAAAACUGCAGGAACAAAUCGAAAAUACGCAAGACGAACUGGAAAAGAGAGAAAACCUCCUUUCCGAAAAGAACGCGCAAGUCGAUUCUUUGAACGCGGAAUUGACGAAGAUAACUCUUGAAAGGAAUGAGCUGAAAAUGUUGCAGGAGCAAUGCGAUAAUACUGAGUCGGAGAGACUGCUGCAGCUGAUGAAUAAUAAAAAUGCGCAGAUAGAUUUAUUGACUACCGAACUGAAUGCUGUGAAUCUACAAACGAAUGAACAGUUGCAACAACAUGCGGACGUAGAAACUGGCCUGCGAACGGAAAUCUCGUUAAAAGACACCGAAAUCGCCGCGGUAAGAGCAGAGUUGAUCUCCAUGAAGGAAGCCUUGGACGCAUUGACAAUCGAACGAGAUCAGCAAAAUCACGCCUUGGAAUCUUACAAAUUCCAGAUUGCUAACUUGGAAUCGGAAACGAGGAGCGUGAACGACAGCGAUCUAUCGCGAGAAUGGGAACAGCGUGUCUCCACGAUUACCGUGGAGAAAGAUUUGUUGCAGUUGCAAGUGAAUGAUUUGACGCGAUGCUUGCAACAGUUGGAGGAAUCACUCGGGAGUCAGCGUAAUAUACAGAUGGAGCUGGAGAACGUUUUGUGGGAGAAAGAAGCGCAAAUAUUUGUCGCGAAUCAGAAUCUUCAAGAAUCGAAAACGCGUGAAAGCCGAUUGGAGGAACUUAUUUCUACGACGGAGAAAUCGGCUGCUCAACGAGAAUCGCAAGCUCCCUUGGAUGUCGAAGAAUCGAUCGUCCAACGAGAACACGUACAAUUGGCGCAGGCUCCCGCCGAAGAGGCGCAGCACGAGACUCCGUUGGACAUUGGUUUAGGCUGGGACAGCGAUUUGCCUGAAAAGUUCAACGUUGACGAGGAGCCGUGGGGCUGGAACACGGAGGACGUCCAAUUGGUCAGCGAUCCGCGUCUCAGCGCGACAACAUUGAACGCUGAAGUGCAAUUACGCGCGCAAUGGGAAGAAUUGCGGGACAGAAUUAAGGAUCUCGAAGCGGAGAACGCUAAAAUCAUCGAGGAAGGUAAAGCGGCGCAGGUGAAGAGCGGCAAGCUGGUGAAGAAGUUGAAGGAGUAUAAGGUGCAAAUAGAGAGCUUGCAGCAGCAACUGAAGACGCAGAAGCAGACCGACAGCUUCUUCGACCUGGAUACGGCGAUCGAAGAGGAGCUGAAAACGCAGAUCGCCAAUUUGGAGAAAGCUCUCAACGAGAUUAAGGAGGAAAAGAAGAAUAUUACUGCCGAGAAGGACGCUCUGCUGAAACGAUUCGAUGUAGUGGUGUCGGCUAACGAGAGGUACAUGGAGAUGAAAGAGAGACAGGACAUGGAAGUCGAAGUAUUGCGCAUUCGAAAUAAAGAGCUGGACAACAAAGUGCAGUCCUUGGAGUGGCGAUUACAGGAACGUGCUGAUGGCACGGAGAAUGUCACCUCCUCCUCGCAACACAAAGAUCAGAUUGAUUCCUUGCCCCGCGAAAUCGAUAAACCGAUCGCGCACGAUCAUCCGCGGAAGAGAUCGGUGGAAUCCACCGACGACUUCGAAGCGACGUCGAAGAAGUACAAGGAAGAAAUAGACGAUCUGAAGGACGAGUUGGAAGCGCUCGCGGCGGAAAACGAGCAAUUGCAGCAUUUCUUGGAAGAACAGAAAGCGGCGAUGGCGAAUUUGGAGCCGAAGAGGGCCGACAACACCGGCGAGUUUGUGGAGAAGUUGGACAUCUUGAACAAUCAAAACGCGCAGCUCCAAGGUGCUUUGGACAGAAGUAAGGAGGAAUACGACACGCUCAGAAAGCAGUAUGAGCAAAGUUUGAUAGACGCGAAUGAUCAAGUCGCGGCGAUGCGGCAGAACAGCGAUCUUCUCAAGAUUGAGUUUAUAGAGAAGGCGGACGGAUUAGAAGCGGAGAUAGAAAAUUUGCAUAAAGCUUUGGAAGAGAAGAAGGUUUUGGAGGACAAGUUACACGCUCUAAUGGAUUCGGAGGAGAAACUUGUAACCGUCAAUGCGUCCUUAACGGAGGUCACGGAGCUGCUCAACGCCAGAGUUCAAGAAGUCGCUGAUUUGAAACAGGAGCUCCAAGUUCAAUAUGUGGAGAGACAGCAAGCUGAAGCGAGGCUACAAUCGGAGAUACACAAUCUGACGAAGGAACUAGACGAGAAAGCACAAGAGUUGCAGGCCUUGAGACGAGCGCUUAGCGAUAAGGAGCAGGAACUGAUUCAACAAAGGAACGUGGAGACGGUGAAUGCUGUUGUUAGCGAAGCUACCCAGGAAUUAGUCCAGAAACACGCGAUAGAGAUCGAGAUGAAGGACAAGGAAUUGCACGAUUUGACGGAGAAAUUAACGGCAUUGCAAUCGACGAUGGAUGAGUACACUUUGCAGCUGCGAGAUAGCGCAUCUAAACUAGACACUCAGCAGCAACAAAUUGAAUACUUGAAGGAAGACCUAACGGAACGAAACGCGAUAAUAGGAGCUGCCCAGGCUGAUGUGAAUUCGAUAAACGAGACAUUGCAAGGAAGGCAACAGGAAUUGGCACAAUACGAGGAGGAAAGGGCGAGACUCGUGGCAGAAAGAGAGAGAUACUUAGCGGACAUCCAGCAUCUGCAGAGUCGACUGCACGCCACGGAAGCGAGCACAGUUGACUUGCAAGAGUACGACUCGCGUGUUCGCGGUUUGCAGCAAGAAGUUGCAUUUCUAAAAUCGGAAAAGGAAUCGAUUUUGUUGCAGUACGAUCAGGAGACGAAGACGUAUCAGACUCACAUGGAAAACGAUAAAGAGCUAAUCGCUGCUUUGAAGCACGAUUUGCAAGAGAAGACCGAACAGUUGCAGCACACAAAUACACAGUUAUGCGCCAGGGAGAAUGAUUUGGAAGGAAUCAAGGCCGUGAUAAGUGAUAAGGAUUCUUUGCUGGAAGCCACCAGUCGAAAGUUGAACGAGAAACGAGCCAAAAUUGAAAAGCUACGCGAAAAGCUGCAAAUGGCAGACAAUAUGCGCGCUAAAACCAGCAAUGACGACGACGAGGAGCUGCGAGACACCAUCAUAGACGAGUUGAAAGCGCAGAUGGAGAUCAAGCAGCAGGAACUGGAGCACUUGAAGUACGUUCUCAGCGAGAACACGUAUCCCACGAUCAUCCAGCAGAUGCAAGAUAGAAUUAAUUGUCUGUACAACGAGAAGGCUGCGCUGGAAACUUCCUUGCAAGCGACCACGCAGACCCUGACGGAGAAGCAGGAGCAGGUGAACCUUUUGACGCAGCGCAUUAACGGACAAAAUCAAGAAUACAUGACUAAGGAGGAAGUGAGUUCGCUCUCCAGAGACCGAAGAUCCGCUCACGAUCAGGAGGAAAUCGUUCGGCUGCAGAAUGAGUUGCAUGCGAAGGAGCAGGAGAUUAACGAGCUGAAAUACAUCAUAGCCGAGAAAGACUCGCAAUUGUGUCUCCAGGCGAGCAUGGAACCGCAGUCGGACGACUUCGAACUGCGAGAAUCUAUACAGAGAUUGACGGGAGAAUUGUACGGCAGAGAGCAGGAAGUGCAGACAUUGAAAUCGACCAUCGCGGAGCUCCAAGAGGAGGUGUUGCGUCUGAAAGAUUUCGAGAGACUCUCCGAGGAAAGCAGAAACGCCAUCGAGAGGCUAACGUCGGAGAAAGAGCACAUUCGCGUCGAAGCCGAAGAGUUCCUCCAUAGAGAAUUGCGAAAGAAACAGUCGGAGAUUGAUGAAAUAAAACAGAGGCUGUUGGAACAGCAGCAGCGGUUACUGGCGGAGUUUCAACUGAAAGAUGCCGAUAUUAAGAAUUUGAAGACGCAGCUGGAACAAUUGCAGAUAACCACGGAUGAGCGGGGCAAUAAAUUGCAAGAGAAAGAAAACGAAAGCAAGAGACUGAUGUACGCGAUCGACAACUUGGCGGAGAAGGAGAGAAGAUUGGCGGAGGAACUCUAUAAUCUGAAGGUGCAGAUUGACGAGAAGGAAGCGCGUGUGGAAGAGCUGCUGGCGUUGUCCGCGGAAGAGGAGAAAGAACUGAACGAUCUGAGGAAAGCACUGUAUAAUAGUGAAACAAAAGUGAAAGAGCUGCAGAGCGUCUUGGAGUACGGAGAGCAGUUGGACAUAAUCUCGGAGAAUAAAAAGGUCGUCGAGGCCGCGGCGCCACGGACUUCGGAAGCCGUUCAAACGGUCGACAACGAAAGAGCUAUUUCCAGUGAAUUGGAUCUCGCACUGUAUAUGCUUCAUCAAAGAGACGUCAGAUGCGAAGAGCUGACUCACGAGCUGAUGCAGUUGCUUGAGGAACGUGACACGUUGCAGCUGCGACUAUCAAACGCGAUUCGCGUGAACGAAGAGCUCAGAAGGGUGAGCAGCGCUGAAGCGAGCCCGACGAAAGAUUCGCCAUCGGCUUCUAGAACGAUGGUCGAACCUGUCGUGGAGCAACCGUCGCCUGUCAGGUCCGAGGGACCAGUCGAGAUCGCGAAAGAAGCCAUCGACACUCCGAUUGAGGACAAGGAAGCUCUUGCUAUGAAGUUGUCGCAAUUGCAUUCGGUCAGUCAUACGAAGGACGUACGAUUAAAGGAUGAACGGGAAUUAAGACACACGCAGCAAAUGUCUUUGUUAGCGCACAGAGACGUUUUGAGCACACUACCGCCUGAAGCAGCUGCGAGACUUGUCAAUGCCAAUUACACCCUCUCUCGAGACGUUCAGAGCCAAUCGAGCGUCCUUUUGAACUGGUUGUGGGGCAAGAGCACGCCGAAGGUGGUGCACAUGUGAUGAACGAAUAGCGGGAUUGAAACGGUCAUCGUUUUUGCCUUCUGGAGACAUUCCUGCCAAGUGCCAACUGCCAAGACUUAUACCUGCAGUUAACUAACGCGUAAUUGGAGCAGCCAGCCUAUCAUGAUUUAUCAGACAGAAAUUGUUUAAUCACAUGCUAUGAUAAUAAGAAAUUGUUUUGUGAAAAUAUUGUGUGGCGAAAAAGGGUGUCAAAAGUGAGAUAUUUUUCAAAUUAUGUACAGAAUGUAGGUAGUAUUCUUUCUCGGGAAAGUUGCUCCUUUUCGAGAAAGAAGAGAAUAUGAGGAGCAGACUUACGUGUAAUAUAAUGCUGUACAGCUAAUGUGUAUGGAUAUAUAAUAGAAUCCAACAUGUUACUUUAAACGUUUCGCUUUUUUUUUUUAUUCGGUGACUAAAUUAGUCAAAGCAUGUGCAACGCGGCAUUUACAUUCGAAUCAUCAACCAGAAGUUUAUAUUAUUGCAUAUGCUGUCAAGAAAUAUCAUCUUAUUUUGUCAAUUUGUUAAUUUAAUAGUUAAUAUUUUCCACAAUUUAUCUACGAUUAUCUGCCGGCUAUAUAUAAUUAUAGAGCGAUAUGUUAAAGGAGAAAGUCGCGCAAGAUAAAUCAUAGAUAAUGCAAAUAAUUCGUGAUAAUUGUAAAUUAUUCAAUUGUUCUAUUUCCAUAAAAUUUUGUACAAAGAAAGAGAAGUGUCAAUAAAUAUAAAAUAUGCGAAAGAACGUUUAAUUGAAUUAUAAACUUGUAAAGUGUAAAUACAAUUCCGUAUAAGUGUGUGUAUGCUCAGUAUGCACGAAUGGCCGCUUUGCUUGCUAUGAAAAUGCGAUAAGUUUUUCUAACAGAUGUUAAAUGUUGCUAAGAGAAACGCAAAAUUCUACACAAAAUAUACGAUAACUUUCUUUGUAUCUCUCUACAUUAAUUUUUCUUUGCUUCUGAACCUAUUUUGACGAUAUUGAAACGCUUAAAUAAUUCCAAAAUAAUUCGAAUAUUUUGUUUAAAGUUGUUAAAAAAUUACUAAUACUUAAAAACUAAAGCACGUUUUUCCUGUAUAGCGGUAAACAUAGAAUUAAAAAUUUUAGAAUUAUAUUUCGAUGUAUCAGCAGAGACAAUAAACAAACAUAGAGAUGUA